AUGACAAACGAUGAACAAAUAAAUAUGCUUGUAUGCUGGAAAGAACAACGAAGACCAGUUCUAAUAAAAAUCAAUGAUGAUAUAUCUACAAUUGAGAAAACUAUUAUUAAUGUCUUCCAAUUGCAACAAGUGAAUAAUCUUUAUGAAUAUCAAAUUCAAUAUUAUGAUAAUGAUUAUCAAAGAUUUGUUGAUUUAUAUCCUGAAACAUUACAUUUAUUUCAACAGAUUUUACAUAAACUUUUAUCACCCAACGCACCACUAAGAUCAACAAAACAAUGGAUUUUAAAAAUUGUUUCGAAAGCAUUUGAAACUAUACGUCAUAGAUUAGGUGAAUCAACUGAUGAUACAUAUAGUUAUCAACAAGAAAAUGAUCGAACAGAACUUAUGCUAAAUGAAAAUACUUCAUCUAUAACGGAUAAUAUCGAAUUAUCUUCACUUUCAGGAAUUCAUCAAUCACAAAAUUUGCCUAGAUCUCAAACAGUUCAAAAUAAUAUUGAUCAACAACAAGAUACAAGUCGAUAUGAUGAUCAACUAUCACAAUCAAAUAUAGCUAAUGGUGAAUUAACUAUUACACAUGAACAUCCAUACGGUUUUGGCUUUGAUUUAAAUCUGGCCAUACAUCAACGAUUACAAUUUGAAAGUGACAUGUUUCGUAAAAGCACAUCAAAAACAACCACUGGUGGUGUUCUACUUCGAGCAUCUCCUAAACUGGAUUCAACUACAACCGAUGAUAUACUUUAUCCAACUGUUCAUUUUCAAAUUCCAAACGAUCAACUUCAUCUUGCAUGGUUUGUUUAUAUUUACAUAUUAACUGAAGCAGAUGUAAAUGGUAUGCAUUAUUUACAUGCAUCAAAGGGUAUAUUUGAUAAUUAUGCAAAAGUUCAAAAUAAAUGUGGUAUCAUUCCAAAUACAGACUUAGUUAACCCACAUAUUGUUCACUUAUGUCAAAACGAUCUUCGCGAUGGAAUAUAUGAACUUCGCAUAAAAGUAUGCAAUAUUAGAAAUUUACCAUCUCUUAAACGUGAAUAUUUACGAGAAUUUUCUCGAUUAAAUAAUCUUCCAAUUAAUAAUGAUAAAGAAUUAUUAUCUACCAAAACAACAUUUGAUUUAAAUUUUUCAAGUGAAAAAUAUCACGUUGCAUGUAUUCUUUUUCGUAAUGAAGAAGCAUUAGAUCAAUGUAUAUCAAGUUUAACUAUUGCUAAAAGCAAUCGUAAACGAAAUGAUAGUGAUAGAUUAAGACAACAAUAUGAUGAAUAUUCAGAAAUUUCAAUUAGGAUUAUUUUUAAAAAAUCUUUGGAUUUAUAUACAAAUAUUGAUUCAAUUGUUUAUUGUCAAUAG